CUUGCUCAAACAUAACCCGUUCACUCACCAAACACUGCAUCCCCCUCCCCACUGGCGGGGGCGUUUUUCGAUGGUUGCAGCAUACUAAUGACGGCGGAAUAGUCAUCCAUCCUCCCGCAUCUCCUUUGCACCCCACCUUCCAGUGACGAGGCCUAGAAAUGGCCUACAACAACUAUGGCCCGCCCCCCGGGGCAUUUGGCCAACGACAACCUCCCUACAAUAACCACGGCUCCGGCGCACCACCCGGUAUGGGCCCUCCCCCCGGCAUGGAUGCGCCACCCGGCAUGCACGCCGGCUCUCCUCCCGUUAUGCACAACGCGCAGUUCCAGGCCCCACCUGCCAACAUGCCCAACUUCGACUUCAACGCCCCUGUCAUUCGCAUGGGCGUCCCGGAUCAGCCACAACCCCGGGCACCCUCGGGCGGUGGUGGCGCGUCAGGAAGAGGCAGCAACGCAGAGCCACUGGGGGGCCGGCGAGAUCGACGGGGUUUGGGCGCGGGUAAUGAUGACCCUCGGAGUCUCGACAGGGAAAGAGCAGCAGUGAGGGAGAACAUGAUGGCGCUUCAUCCACCGACGAGGGAGGAAGUCGCGCGAACAAUCUUCAUUGGCGGCUUGGGCCCGGGCGCUCCUAACGACGACUCCAUCGAGACCCUUCUCCGAUGUGCGGGCAAGUUGCGCCGAUGGACCAGAGCUCGGGAUGCGGAUGACAACAAAUGCAAGUUCGGCUUUGCCGAAUACGAAGAUGUCGAGAGUCUCGAAGCCGCCAACGAGAUCUACGUGGGCAUGGAAGUGCCCGUCUUUAACAAGAGCGGCGCAGUGGUGAAGGAAGACGAUGGCGACGUUAAGAGGAUGGGCUUGCUUGUGGUGGUGGAUGAGCAGAGCAAGAACUACAUCGACGAGUGGAAGGGCAAGAGGAAUGAAGACGACGACGCCAGACAGUUCCGAAUCGACGGGUGCAAGGAAGAUCUUAGGCAGUCCCUUGCCGCUCUGGCGAAUGCGGGCGCGUUUCUGGCGAAUAACGAGGCCAUGGCCAACGGCGAUGGCGAUGCUACAAUGGGAGAUUCGACCGCCGAGACGAAUGGUGAGGGUGCAGAAGUGGUGACGAUCCCCCUGACGCUGGAAGACGAGCUUGCCGAUAUUCCGGCGGAGAUGCGUGCUACCGUGGCGGCAGAAAUCAAAGCCUUCCGCGAUAGAUCGAAUAGGAGAGAUCUGGAGCGUUUGAGGCGGGAGGAGGAGAUGGAGCAAGCGGAAAAGCGGCCAACUAUUCCCGGCAGAGUCAAUCGCCUUGCCUCCCCUCCAGUUUCUGCUCCAUCCGGACCAGCCAGUGCUGCGAAUGGCGUUCCAGUAGGACCGCGAGAUCGCGCAGGUGGUGUGCAAGGCGCUCCGUCUGGACCCCGAGGCUACAGAGGCGCGCAACUACCAAGCGACUACGUGAAUGGGGUGUCGUUCGUUGGCACAAAUGGUAUUGCCGUCGAUCGGGAGGACGAAGAGGCUGAAGAGAGUGAUGAAGAACUCGAGCGACGACGCAAAGCCAAGAAAGACGCCGAUGCGGAGAAGCAGUACCUCGAUGCGGAGCGUCGUCUGCUCAAUCGCGAGCGCACUCGCGCUGCAGCGCAAGAGCGGGAGCAAGUACGUGAGGAAGCUGAGAAGCGGGAGAAGGAGCGGGAGAGGGAAGCGAUUGCGAAACGACUCCGUGAAUGGGAUGAUGAGGAGGAAGCUCGUCUCGCUCGUGAAGAGUAUUACCUCGACCGUUCAUCGUGGCUGCGCAAGCGUGGCGCCUACCGCGAUCGCGAGCAGCGUGAGGAUGAUCGGGACCGUGCUGCUGAAGAGCGAGAGAAGGCAGAGGAUCGAAAGCGCGCUGCAGAGGCGCGCGGCUUGGCUGACAACUUCCUCGAUCAGACCGGCAAUGAACUGGAACGAAAGGCAGCCGAGCAACCUGGUGCAGGCUUCGGAGGCUUCAAAAUGUCCUUGGGCCCCGCAGCAGCCCGGAACAAGACUGCUGCCCAGCCUGCAGCGCCGCGCAGAGCGUUGGCAGAAGUGGAGGGUCUAUUGGAGGAUGAGGAAGACGCCGCUGCUGCUGGGAUGAAGCGACCGGAGCUGAAACCCCUGACCGACACAUCCACCAUCCCGCAAUACACAAGCGAUUUGAGCGAAGAAGAGCGCAAGGACCUCCGACAGCAGCUCGCCGCCGAGAUCCCCACGUCGACUUCCGCCCUCUUCGAAUUCCCGGUCAAGUUCAACUUCCUCACUCCCGCCAUCAUCACCGAGCAGAUUCGGCCGUUUGUGGAGAAGAAGGUGGUGGAUUACUUGGGCGUGCAGGAGGACUUGCUCGUGGAUGCGGUGAUGGACGGGCUGUCGGAGAAGAAGCAAGCGCGGGCGAUUGUGGCGGAGUUGGAGGAUGCGUUGGAGGAUGAGGCUGAGGCUUUGGUCAAGAAGGUGUGGAGGAUGGUGGUGUUUUGCACAGAGUGCGAGAGUAGGGGCUUGGUUUGAGAGGGUGCUACUCCCAGUACGAUGGCUAUUCAAGACCGUCGCUACUCCAAGUACCGUCACGUAUCAAGUUGACUGCAAGAAGCACAGUUCUUCAAUCUGGUCAUCAAUCAAGCUCAAUCAGUGAGGACGGCUGCCCUGUCGCAGACGCUUGCGAGGACGUUGGUGCACUUCUUCGUCCAUGUAGUCCUCGUCAUUCUCCUCAUUCUUGGCCGCCACUUCUGUCGAGCCUUCCUUGACUUUUACCUCAACGAAGUGACUCUCGCACUCGUCUUUGCCGGAUCCAUCGACAAUCCAUCCUUCGAUUUUCCCUGGCACGGAAUUAAUUAGCGCAGCACAUCACAGCUAGGCUUCAAGGAAACCCUCACCCUUCCUCAC